AUGAACCCACCACUCUUGGUGUUUUCUGUGUAUCUGCUGUGGUUGAAAUGUUGUCACAGUGCACCUGCUUGGAAGGACACAGCUGCUACAGACGGAAACCUGAAGAGUACGUUUGAGGUGGGAGAGGCAGAUGUAGGAGAGGUGAAGACGGCUUUGAUUGGCAUUAAGCAGAUGAAAAUCAUGAUGGAAAGUAGAGAGGAGGAGUAUGCCAAACUGAUGAAAACCUUGAAGAAAUGCAAUGAAGAAAAGCAGGAGGCCCUGAAACUCAUGAAUGAAGUGCAAGAACAUCUGGAGGAAGAAGAAAAGUUAUGUCAGGCAUCUUCUGUGGAUUCCUGGGAUGAAUGCAGGCCAUGUCUGGAAAGUAACUGCAUGAGAUUUUAUACAGCUUGCCAACCUGGUUGGUCCUCUUUGAAAAAUAUGAUGGAGCAAUUUCUCAGGAAAAUGUACCGAUUUCUGUUUCCUCACAGUGAAGAUGUGAAGGACCCCCCUCCCAUCAAACAGCUGACCGAGGACGAUCUACUAGUGACACAAAUGGAGAACCUGUUCAGCCAGCUGACUAUGGAUGUGAAAUCUCUCUUCAACAUGAGUUUAUACGUUUUUAAACAGAUGCAGCAAGAAUUUGACCAGGCUUUCCAAUUAUACUUCAUGACCAAUGUAGACUUAAUGGAGCCAUACCACCCAGUUUUACCUAAAGAGCUAACCCAAAAGGAAGAAUUUGGGCAAAAGUGGGACAUUCCCAACUUCUUACACCUGUUUUAUAAUUUCAGUAUAUCUGUUUAUGGGAGAGUCCGAGAUAUAAUUACGAAGACACUGAAUGUAGCUGAGGAUUCGUGGGAACCACACAAAGAGUUGGACCAGAGAAAUAAGACUGCAGACAAGUUACCUGAGCAAAAUGGAGGAACAUGUGAGGAAUUUUCCCAGAAUUUAUCUGGAUGUUUCAAAUUUCAUAAAAGGUGCCAAAAAUGUCAUGAUUACCUAUCUGAAGACUGUCCUGAUGUACCUGAGCUACACAUAGAAUUCCUUGAGGCCCUGAAAUUAGUCAAUGUAUCCAAUCAGCAGUAUGACCAGAUGGUCUGGAUGGCCCAGUAUCAUCUGAAAGACACAACAUAUCUGAUGGAGAAGAUGCGAGAGCAAUUUGGAUGGGUGUCUCACCUGGCAAGCCACAACGCAGUGACUGAGGGCAUCUUUAAUUCAACAAAGGCAGCUCUGAACAGCCAUGAAGGAAAUUCUUCCAAACAGGAUGGAAUUACGGUAGACUCAACCCUUCUGCCUUCCCCUAACUUCACACUCCAGAACUUACCUGAAGAAAGUGCUGAGAACGCAAAUGUCAUUGACUAUGUGGUAGCAAAAGUUCUGCGGCAUUUUAAAGGACAUUUUAAAACUUGGUAA